AUCCAUUUGAAAUACACAAAGCUGAACCAGGAACUACGGCGAUAUUCUUCCCCUCUUUUAAGUGCGCCCGCCCCCCGCACAGUCUGUGAUUGGGCAAGCCUUUCGGUUUCUGCGCUGUGAUUGGAUAAUUCCGCAGACUGUCUUAACUUCAGGUGACUCAAGGAUGGGGAAAAAGGAUGCAAGUUCUGACAAGCAGCCGGUCGAUCAGUACCGUAAACAGAUCGGAAAACAGGAUUACAAGAAAACCAAGCCGGCGCUGCGAGCCACUCGGCUGAAGGCGGAGGCGAAGAGGAGUGCUCCGGGAAUCAGGGAUAUCAUAUUGGUCAUUGUAGCGAUCUUGGUCUUCCUGCUAGUCGUCUAUGCUUUCUUCUACCUCAACCUGAGCACAGAGCUGGAUCUGGAUGUGGACAUGGACUGAAGGACUUUUCUUAAAGAUGCCAUCACAGAGGAUUCUGGGUGGCUCAACCCAUGAACCACUCAUGGUGUGCCAGCGGUUUCAUAGUAUUACACAUUUCCUAUCUUUGUCCCCUUUUAUUCAAGCUGACACUGAAAGAAGAUGAGUCU